GGCAAAGCCUAAGGACAGGUAGGAGAACGCAGGGGCAGGCCAGGCCGUGCUCUGGGCGGCCAAGUGGAGGAGAGCCGGGGGAGGGGUGCCCAGGUUGAGCCAGAAGUCCCUGCCAGUGUGGCCAGCGGUGGCCACAGCAGUCAGGAUUUGGGGUUGUGCAGCGGCAGUGGGACCCCACCGAGGGGCUUCCCUACCUGGCCUUUCGCACUGUCCCCGACGCCCCCGCUGCCACCUGCUCUGUCCUGGGCACACCUUCCGGGGCAUUUCGGCAGCGAUCGGCCACCCGAUGGGCCGCGGCGCGGAGCCCGGCUGGGGGUGCCCCGGGCUCCGGCAGCAGUCCAUUGAUGACUUGAACAAAUGGGCCCUGUUUCUUGUCUCUCCUUUUAUACUUGAAGCAGAACACAUAGCAUUUGUGACAGAGAGCAUUUGGGUGCAAGGUGAGAGUUUACAGAGACCGGCUUCCUCUUCAGAAACCAUUGUGAAGUGGUCCGACUGCUGUUUGCCAUUAGCUUGCAGACCUGGGGAUCCUUAUCAAUUAAUCGCUGAAGCAAGCGUGGAUGACUUCAGUAAGCUGGGGGUGGCGUUCAUGGAAGACAGACUCCAGAUGGCUGAUGGAUUGGUACCUCAAAAGAUUGUUUCAGUGCACUUGCAGGACUGUACUCUGAAGGCACUUGAGGAUCAGGCCUCAGACAAGCAAGCCCAGACCCUACGACAGAAUCCUGAACCUUCCGCUGAGAGUAAGCCUGAGCCGGACGCUAUGGAGUGCAUUGGUAGAGAUGAUCCCAAGGUUCUUGGUCCACAACGCACACUGGGGACAGGGAGUGCCUCUGGCAGCGAGCCUGCCGGGGAGGGUGACAGAGGAGUAGGCUCUGUCGAGCACUGUCCCCUCCAUCUGUCUAGUUGCCAUGAGUGUCUGGAGCUGGAGAACAGUACCAUCGAAUCUGUCAAGUUUGCAUCUGCAGAAAACAUUCCAGAUCUUCCCUAUGAUCACAGUGGCAGUUCGGAGGAUGUUGCUGAUGAUAUCCGCUUGGAAGGAGAAUGGAGGAGAGUCAUCGUCACGGGAAAGGCCCCCAACAUCCUCUUCUACGUGGGCUCUGCCCCCCAGAAAUCCCUGGGCAGGUUCCAGGAGGUCCGGUCCGUUCUGGCGGACUGUGUGGACACCGACCGCUAUACACUCUACCACCUGUCAAGGGAAAGUGCUCUCAGAGACCCGUGGUCAGACAACUGUCUGUUGUUGGUCAUUGCCACCCAGGAGACUAUUCCUGAAGACCUUUCCCAGAAGUUCAUGGCCUACCUUUCUCAGGGAGGGAAAGUGUUAGGCCUGUGUUCGUCCUUCACAUUUGCUGGCUUCCAGGUGACGAGCAAGAGCGUGCUCGAGGAAACAGUCCAGAGCUUGGUUUUCUCCAAGGCUGACCAGACCCAGGUGAAGCUCAGCGUCCUGAGCAGUGGCUACGUUUAUGAGGAAAGCCCCGGGGAGCGCCUCAGCCUGGGCAAGCUGCAGGGUCACCUGGAGAAUGAGGACAAGGACAGGCUGAUAGUGCAGGUGCCUUUUGGAACUCGUGGAGGAGAAGCUGUUCUUUGCCAGGUGCACUUAGAACUACCUCCCAGUUCUUCAGUGGUGCAAGCCCAAGAAGAUUUUGAUCUGCUCAAAUCAAGCAAUAUUAGAAGAUACGAAGUCCUUAGGGAGAUCCUGACAACGCUCGGCCUAAACUGUGACAUCAGACACGUUCCUGCCUUAACCCCUCUUUACUUACUGCCUGCGACGGAGGAAAUCUGGGAUCCUCUUAUGCGGUGGCUGGAGAAGCAUGUGGAUCCUGAAGGAGUCAUAAAAUCCAGCAAGCUCUCCCUCAAGUUUCUUUCAUCCUACACGUCUGAAAUAGAAAUCAGUCCAUCUGCUCUACCUGUGGUGACUGACGUGGAGGCCUUCUCUUCAGAAAAUUUUAACCUAGACAUCUACCGACAGAAUCUGCAGACAAAGCGACUUGGAAAAGUAAUUCUGUUUGCCGAAGUGACGCCUACCACAAUGAACCUUCUGGACGGGUUGAUGUUUGAGAUCCCGCAGGAAAUGGGGUUAAUAGCCAUUGCAGUCCGCCAAACGCAGGGCAAAGGGCGGGGAGUGAACGCUUGGCUGAGCCCCAUGGGAUGCGCUGUGUCCACCCUGCUCAUCUCCAUCCCACUGAGAUCCCAGCUGGGACAGAGGAUCCCAUUCGUCCAGCAUUUGAUGUCCCUGGCCGUGGUGGAGGCGGUGAGGUCCAUCGCUGGGUACCAGGAUAUCAACCUACGAGUGAAGUGGCCCAAUGAUAUUUAUUACAGUGAUCUCAUGAAGCUUGGUGGAGUUCUGGUUAACUCGACGCUUUUGGGAGAAACAUUUUAUAUACUCAUUGGCUGCGGAUUUAACGUGAGUAACAGUAACCCUACCAUCUGCAUCAAUGAUCUCAUCACAGAAUACAAUAAACAGCACAGGGCAGAGCUGAAGCCCUUAAGAACCGACAGUCUCAUUGCCAGAACUGUGACCAUGCUGGAGAAACUGAUCGACACAUUUCAGGACAAAGGACCCAAUGGCGUUCUUCCUCUUUAUUAUAAGUACUGGGUACACAGUGGCCAGCGGGUCCGCCUGGGAGACCUCGAGGGGCCAGAGGUGUGGAUAGUCGGCCUGGAUGACUCCGGGUUCCUUCAGGUCCAGGAGGAGGACGGUGAGGUGGUGACCGUGCAUCCCGACGGCAAUUCCUUCGACAUGCUCAGAAACCUGAUCAUCCCCAGACAGCAGUAGCCGGGCCUGGGGCCUGCCUGGGGCCAACGGGUAGUGGGAGGGCAGGCAGAGCCACCCCAGCGAGCAUUCCGGUUAAUUCCUGCCACCUUUCCUAGCCUGAUGAUCUGGAAGACGGAUUUAGAGUUGUAGGUGAACGUGGCCUCCCUCCAAUUAACCUGCUCAAUUCCUUAAUGUUGUUCUGUCUGUUGCCAUUUUACUUGGCGUUCGCGAAUGUUCUGGGGCAGAGGGAUGACAAGCAGAAGAUUUAGCUCAGGUGAAGCACCACCACACGUGUGAAAUCCUUCUCCCCUCUUGGGCUUGGAUGUGUGUUUAUUGGCCACCCCCCCAAAAAAAGUUUUUUUUUUUUAAAGAUUUUAUUUAUUUAUUUGACAGAGAGAGGUAGCGAGAGCAGGAACACAAGCAGGGGGAAUGGGAGAGGGAGAAGCAGGCUUCUUGCUGAGCAGGGAGCCCGAUGUGGGACUCGAUCCCAGGACCCUGGGAUCAUGACCUGAGCCGAAGGCAGACGCUUAACGACUGAGCCACCCAGGCGCCCCCCAAAAAGUUUUUAUUUGGAAAACAGCAACGGAAUAAUUCAGAUGUUUCCCCAGUAGUGGAGACCUUCACUCCCAGACUAUUAGAAAACAAAUCAAAAAAAGCUUCCAGGUCCAGGCCAGCGAUGAGGUAGAGGUUUGGUAACACUGUUUAUGUGCAUCCAGGGAGGCGUUUUCCUCGAGGAACAUACGUUGGCACUUGGUCGUUGUUUUAUUUUUUUGUUAAUAAGAGAACAGAUGGUAGACUUCUGAGCGUUACCUCUGGGCCCGGUGGUUUGUGGUCCCGCAACAGGGCCUGAGUAGCUGCUGAGAUGGGGGUCACUGGUGUGGUUGCAGUGACCCUGGUAGAGGAAGUCGGUUACUUACUUCGACAGUAAUUGUAUGAGCUCUUUUUCAUAAGUUGGAAUAUACUGCAGACUCUGAAGGGAUGGGCCCAAGUUCAAGAUCCUUAAUGCGUUGAUGAGGCCUCGUGUGCGUGUGGGGGUUGAUGAUUGGGCCCUAAGAGCUGGAGACAAGGACUCACUCAUACCACACACCAGGGAGGAUUUGGAACCUUUAAGCCUGUUGUAGGCUCACUUUGAAAGCUGGAGCAUUCCUGAAAGACCGUUUGGUGCACAGAAUGUAGAAGUACGUGGCAUUUUAUCCGUAACUCAUAAUUUUUUGCCCCCCUUUCCCUAAAUUGCCAAGAAACAAAAUGCAACUGAUACCGAACACCAUCAUUUAAGAGGGAGGGGUGUGUGUGUGUGUGUGUGUGUGUGUGUGUGUGUGUGUGUGUGUGUGAGAAGCUUUCAAAGAAGAUGUUCAAGAUCUGAUGCCCUAAAAGUCUCCGUGGAAGAACAAAAGAAAGGAAACCUUUUGAUAUGCAUUUGCGAUUUCCAGAUGCACUCCAUGCUUUUUCCAUGUCACUCCUAUCUCUGCUGAACUUGUGAAUCACACAUUACUUUUCUCCCUUAAAAGGCCAAUUUUUUGUCCACUUUUCUCUCUUCCUGCCAGUCCCAACUGAAAUUAGUGGAAGGAAAACUUGAUGGAGCCCUCAGGUUUGAACAGAAUCCCCUUAUUGUAUACUAGCAUGAGCUCUACCCAGCUUUACCCAGUCAGGCUAAUUCCAGAAACUUGUGGUUUUCAGUAUAAAAUCUGCCUACCUUUAGCCAGGCGCAGGCAGCCCAUAGGAAGGGGAAAAAAAAUAGCAUGUUUAGUUAAGUACACCCACCCAAUAUGUGUUUUUUGGAAAUGUAACUUUAAAAGAACUUCAGAAGUAAUUUUUGCAAAUAAGGCUUCCAUUAGAAUCAUUUUUCUCAAAAAAAAAAAAAAAAAAUUGCUCCGUCCUAAGUGUCCAAGUCUUCUUUUGGAACGAGUGACACAUUUCAGUAAAAGCCCACAGCACCCCAAAAUCACCAAAUGGACUCACCCCUUGAGAGGGCAUCUGCAAAAUAUCAAGAGGAAAGAUGUCCAGGCUAAUGUUGCAAGUUUCAUUUCUCCAACUUUGUAAUACAAGGCAAGUCAUCUCUCAGAGCUGCCAUUGUUACUGUUUGAAUUUCUUUGGGGGGUUCUUUAAUGAAAAACACGCUAUGUUUUGUUUUAAGCUGAAGUCUCAUUCUAGACAGUUCUGCUUUGGGGGAAAAAAUGUUAUCAUUUAAUUUCCUUUCUGUAAAUUAAAACUAAUGAUGUGUGGCCGUGUCAGGGCAGAUGGAGAUGUUCCGGGCAUACCACUUGAUCUCUGUGCUUUCAAGACUGUUUCUUACUUGUGCCGCCCCGCAGUUGUCUUGAGGGAGACAAAAUAGACUUGAAGCAGAUGCUACGUUUUCCGUAAACACGAUCUUGCCUCGUAUGAACCAAAGACUUUUGAAAUUCUGCUUCAUAUAGAACAGCUGAAUAAAACAUCUUCCUUAGAGCUAUUCACGUUAGGGACAUCAUCUACUUGCUACACCACCCUCAUGGACUGGGGGUCUUCAUGCACCUGGCCAUCUCUGAUCUCAAGGAGCUUUAAAGUCUUAACAGAAGUGUUGCAUUUUCUUCAUAGUCUUUAAAACGUGGCAGCUGAACUCAGGAUUGGCAUGUGCUUCCAGGGCACUGGAUUUGCUCGCAAGUUUAGGGGCUGCGCCUGGAGCAUCUACCUGGUUAUGUAAAAAAAAAAAAAAAAAAAAAAAAAGGCAAGACCUCCUCCCUUCCUGGCUGGCCGCAGAUUUCAGGGGAAGGGGAAGCCGUGGGAAAGCGCCCCCUGAAUGUGCAUAAGGAAGUUUUCCCUCGAACACAUUUUGUUUUCCAGAAGGCCUUCCCGUGUCCCCUGCCAAAGCAGUGCCCCUUGACCCUGGGCAAAGUUGAAGGAUUUUGUGUCCGGUCCAAAAUAGUAGGUGGGGUUCACUCCUGCAGGCUUUGCCCGGUGUGGGAACAAGUGGGCCGAUGGGGGGCGGGGCGUGCCGGCCAAGGUGGGGGGAGCAUGCAGCCUCCAGUCCCCGGGCCCCGCACAUACACCCGUGGGGGUGGCCUAUGUAGUUGCCCCUGCCCUCGAGCCUGGGAACCAGGAAAGGAGCCAGCCUCAUCCAGGGGCUUCAGAAUGCAGCAGGGAGACAUUUUUGGCUUGCAUUCUGGAAGAUCUGUUUGCUCUUACCAGGCAGAACACGGAGAAUCCUUAUUCCUGGGUUAUGACUAUGCACAUCUGAAAUUUUAAAAAGUGUAAGCCUCUGCAUUUGUACCUUUUCGAAGAAUCGUCUCAGAAAAGUGAUUACUUUAAACCAAUGCCUAUAAGAAGCAAGUCUACCAAAAUAAACAUCAAGAUUUUCU